CGCCUUACGUUAUUUGUGCCUUAUUCAGUUAUCGUUCGACAGCAUGGGUGCAAAGAAGAGCAUUUUGAGUGCGGAACAGCUUGAUGAGUACACCGAGUUGACUUUUCUGACAAAAUGGGAAGUGUUACUAAUUUUGGAAAAAAUCUCGAGCCUCGCACCGAGUGAAAUACGCACAAAUCUGCACCGGCGUUUUCCCGCUCGACAAAUAAUGGAAGUUUUUCCCCAACUUAAGUACAACCCGUUUCGUGAUCGUCUAUUUGAACUGUUCUCCUCGGAAUGCGACACUCGAUGCUCGUUCGAAGAUGUUCUGGACAUGUUUAGCGUAAUGUCCGAAAGCUGCCCCCAGCGCGUCAAGGCGGCAUGGGCAUUUCGAGUUUUCGAUAUAGACAAUGAUAACAUGAUCACUAAAGAGGACAUCUGCACGGUAUGCGAUCGUUUAACCAAGUAUGACCAGCUACAAGAAGUGGAAAAAGAGACCAUUGCUGAAGUGAUACUCAAAGAAAUGGAUCUUCAGAAUAAUGGCAGUUUGGGAGAGUUUGAAUUUAUACAUGUGAUAUCGAAAGUUCCCGAAUUCCAUAAUACAUUUUCGUUCAAGCCCUAACAGUGUUGUGGAUUAAAAUGAAUUGAUUCGUUAGUAACAUUCAAUUCUGCAGAAUUUUAUUGUCGAUACAAUAAGUUUCAGAUAGACAUUAUCGCUUAAACGUUAAUUAUUAAAUCUAAAAGCAUGGUUCAGCUCGUGCUAUCGUCUACUCUUUUCUAUACCCAACUUCAUAAUAAAUCUAUGGUAAGAUUUGGUAUUAUACCAGGUUGAGCUGAAUAGAGACCAUUAGUUUAUUCGCGUACUGACUACAUUACUCUUCUUAUGGUAUUAAUGGAAGUCUGGUGGAUCAAUACGUGUUUCGUUUGCCCUCGUUUUAGUCGUUACAAACUUAUUCUUACAAACUAAAACGACAAAUCGAUACUUGAACAAUUCGUGGCGAGUAUGCUAAGAUCUUUUUGGUGUAUAAAAUGUACAAAUAAAUAAAACCGUAGUCGUUGAGAGCUGUGUUUCGUUAGUAAAUCAUUGAAUUGAUAAAUACGAUCUAUCUACCUGCUUUUUGAACUUGAUAUAACGCUAAUUAUUUUCUUUUUUUAAUAUGUUUGUGUUGUACAUUAACAAUACUGCGACACGCAUGCGGUUCGUAGAUUAGGAGCUUCGAUCACUGUUUUGCGCCUCCUUCACGUCUCUUACAAUCAUCACAAAAUAUCCUAAGCUCAAUAUAAUUAGCAAUAAGUUAAGACUCAGCCUCAGCCAUACAUGGUACCGUGGCAACUAACAAGCCACACGACAUACACAAAUAGGUGCAAAUAUUAAUUGACCACAUUUAGCGGUUCCGCCUAAUAAUUCACUUUUAAGCACUUUUUCCUGUUACAAUAUAUAAUUAGUACUGUCGUUUUAGCCGGUUUGCUGAUCACUUACAAUCUAGGACCCCAAGGAGUUUGAGGAUUUUUGCUAAGCGUUUGUAGUUCAAUCAUAUCGCCAUAGAAGCUGGAAAGUUAACAAAUUGGUUAGACAGAUUAGAAACACAAAGAAAGAAUCGAUAAAUAUAUCAAUUGAUGUAACAUGUUUAUCAUAAAUCUGUUUGGUAAUACAAGAAAAAGAA